CGACAUGGAGUCCAUACUGCAAGAUGGCGGGUCGGGGUUUGCAGGACUCUGGGAACGGAAAAACUUCAUCCACAAAUGGCCAGAUGAGGCGACCGUUUCUCAUCGGCGUCAGUGGAGGGACUGCAUCGGGGAAGUCCUCUGUCUGCACAAAGAUAGUUGAGCGUCUGGGGCAGCGCAACAUCGACAGCAAGAAGCGUAAGGUGGCCGUCAUCAGCCAGGACAGCUUCUACCGAGACCUGAGCAAUGGGGAGCAGGCCAAAGCUUUCAAGGGCCAGUUCAAUUUUGACCACCCUGAUUCCUUUGAUUUUGAGCUGAUCAAGCGGACGUUGGAGGAUGUUGUAGCUGGCAAGACGGUUAAGAUUCCAACUUAUGAUUUCACGACGAACUCAAGGAAAGCGGAAGAGUUUACAGUGAUCUACCCGGCUGAUGUGGUGCUUUUCGAGGGUAUUUUGGUAUUCUACAAUAAAGAGGUCCGAGACAUGUUCCACAUGAAGCUCUUCGUGGACACCGAUGCCGACACCAGACUGUCCAGAAGGGUUGUUCGUGAUAUCAAUGAUAGAGGGCGAGAACUGGAGCAAGUUCUUGUGCAUUAUGUCAAAUUUGUCAAGCCGGCCUUUGAAGAGUUCUGCCUGCCCACCAAGAAAUACGCAGACAUCAUCAUUCCCAGAGGCGCUGAAAACAUAGUUGCAAUUGAGCUGAUUGUACAACACAUCAAGGAUAUCCUCAACGGGGGUCUGAAGAAACAUAUCAGCAAUGGCAACACAUUCCCUGAUGAAGGCCUGGGCUUGGAGAAGCCUGGAAGACAACGAAACCCAUCUGAAACAGGCGCAGGUGGUAGGCCCCACUGAAAAAAAUAUAAAAAAGGGAUCAACUUGAAUUUUUUUUCUGCAGUAGAAUGGCCAGUCGUCGUUUUUGACUUCCAAGCCCCAUUCUUGGCAUGACCAAUGGUAAGUGGGGAUCUGUGUGUGGGAAAUGCACAUGCUAAGACCACAUUAUAAACAUGUGUAAGGGCUUUAUUGUGGUUGUUGGUUGGUUGCAAAGUGACCAAUCAUGUCAUUUGUUGUAUAAACCGUGGUUAUUUCUUUAUGGUGAAAUGAGUAAUCACAGAUGUUGGUCCAUAAGAGGCUGGAUCUUACUGGACUUUUUGACCUUAUUCUCCAUCGUAAACACCGAGAAAAGUAACAAGGGAGGAACUCUCUAAUUUAAAAAAAAUUUCAGGGAAGGUUAAGCAGAGUACCUCGCAAAACAUAGUGUGUCUUUCUUUGUGGACUUUCUGUUAAUUUCUUUUUCGUGGUUCCGAGUGAGGAACUGACCAAUCAUAGGCAUUGGUGCUUAUGCUUUGGGGGAAGGAAGCAAUUGACUCUCAGGUUCCAGAGUGAUCAGGUCUGAGCCUUGGCAAGUGGUACGUUAGUAAAAGAGUGAUUUGUGCCGGAAGAGGGCCAGUUCGACCCAAGAAAGAAAAAUUUCUUUGAAGGCUUUUGUUGACUCAAGUAUUUAUUAA